AUCCUCAUGUCUCUCCCACAGAGAACACCUUCUGCAGUGGGGACCACGUGUCUUGGCACAGCCCUUUGGAUAACAGUGAGUCAAGAAUUCAGCACAUGCUGCUGACCGAGGACCCACAGAUGCAACCUGUGCAGACACCCUUUGGGGUAGUUACGUUUCUCCAGAUUGUUGGCGUCUGCACCGAGGAACUCCACGCAGCCCAGCAGUGGAAUGGGCAGGGCAUCUUGGAGCUGCUGCGGACGGUACCUGUCGCUGGCGGCCCUUGGCUGAUAACUGACAUGCGGAGGGGAGAGACCAUAUUUGAGAUCGAUCCACACCUGCAACAGGAGAGAGUUGACAAAGGCAUAGAGACGGAUGGCUCCAACCUGAGUGGUGUCAGUGCCAAGUGUGCCUGGGAUGACCUGAGCCGGCCCCCUGAGGACGAUGAGGACAGCCGGAGCAUCUGUAUCAGCACGCAGCCACGGCGGCUGUCCGGCAAAGACACGGAGCAGAUCCGGGAGACCCUGAGGAGAGGACUUGAGAUCAACAACAAACCUGUCCUUCCGCCAAUCAACCCUCAGCGGCAGAACGGCUUCACCCACGACCGGGCCCCGAGCCGCAAAGACAGCCUGGAAAGCGACAGCUCCACGGCCGUCAUUCCCCACGAGCUGGUCCGCACACGACAGCUGGAGAGUGUGCAUCUGAAAUUCAACCAGGAGUCAGGGGCUCUCAUUCCCCUCUGCCUAAGGGGCAGGCUCCUGCAUGGACGGCACUUUACAUAUAAAAGUAUCACGGGUGACAUGGCCAUCACAUUCGUUUCCACGGGAGUGGAAGGCGCCUUUGCCACUGAGGAGCACCCUUACGCAGCCCAUGGACCCUGGUUACAAAUUCUGUUGACUGAAGAGUUUGUAGAGAAAAUGUUGGAGGACUUAGAAGAUUUGACUUCUCCAGAGGAAUUCAAACUUCCCAAAGAGUACAGCUGGCCGGAAAAGAAGCUCAAAGUCUCCAUUCUUCCCGACGUGGUGUUCGACAGUCCCCUGCACUAGCCUGGGCUGGGCCCUGCAGGGGCCAAGGGAGAGCCCAGCUGCUCCCGGGUGACUCCCAGUGCACCAACUGCGGACACGCGAUCCCCACAAAUGAAAGGACACGCCUGAGGAGGGCUGUGCAGCCUCCGCACGGCCUCACCUGAAGCUCAGGGGCCUCCCCCGCCGCCCCGAGCCGGCCAAGCCCCCGGGGCUGGGAGCGGGCAAAUGCAAACGUCCCCCUCCUGCUGCUGCCGCAGCUCGUGGUUUGAGAUGUGACUCUGGACCUUUGAUGGUGUGCCCUUAGGUGGAGACCGGCCUCACUGUCAUCUCUCCCCUGCCCGCUCCAGCAGGAGGGAGUGGAGUGGCCGUGGCGCACACGGCCCAGCUCUGCUGUGGGAAGCCUUGUUAGGCCACGGAACAAUUCCUCCGAUGGUGUUUGGUUUUCUUCCUCCUUAUUUUAUUUUGUCGAAACCGGAUGGUAUUUUAUUGGUCUUCAAAGAUGUCCAGAAGCCGUGUAUAUAAUGUUUUUUAAACAGAACUUUAUUCGCAGAUGAACUUUCUCAUUCUCUCAGACGAGGGCCUGGGGCUGUCUCCCCCUGAGCUACCACCAGAGAAGGUGCCGGGGUUCAGUUCGCCUGCCAGCCCAGGACCCCGGAGGAGCCAGCUUCACAGAGAGGCUUAUUUCUUCCCAGCGGGGCCUGGUGGAGCUUGGGGCAGGGGGAGAGCUGAGCUCUGGCCCCAUGCAGCCUUCGGCCCGUUUAGCCAGCUGGGGCCAGGAGAAGGUGCUGCUGGUUCUAAAGCGGACUAGGCCCCUGGCAAAGUUCCAGGACCACCAGGGUCUCAGAGACUUGGUAGCCCCAGCCUCAUCUUCUGGGCCUUGUCCACCUGACCAGGCCUGCCUGAGAGAAGGUGAGGCCCAGCACCUUGUAGACCAUCCCCACCUGCCACUCAGGGCCUAGGUCUCCAGCUCUUUGACCACUCCUGUCCCAUUUCCUCCUCCCCUGGGCCUCCCAGCCUCCAGGCUGCAGGACUCUGGCAUAUUAAAAAUGGAAAAAUCAACCUCUCACCAUGUCCUUCACUUUGAUUUUGCAAAUACCGCACUCUGCUGCCCUCAUCCUCCCUGUGUCCAUUCGUUUCUUGUCUUUCAUUUUCAUUCCCCGUUCUCCAUAUCAUUCCCCAUGCCUCUUUUCCUGCAUCCUGGUCUCCCCCAGUCCCUUGCCCCACUACUGCAGAUCUCAUGGUCUUCCUCCCAGGAAUAGACCUAUCUCUGGCCCGUGGAUUUGGGGUUCCUCUUGGGUUGUCUCCCACUUCUGACCUGGAAUCAACAAGCCCCUUCGUGCCCUCUCACCCCUGACUCUAGGGACUGCUAUUUCAGGCCUUUCCAAAGCAAAGUCCUUUGGUCUGUCACGGGCCUCGUAGGGCCAUGCACUGCCCCGUCUGCACCCGCCACACACACGGCCACUACAACAGGGCCCCGGGUGGCCCAUGCAGGACGCCUCUGAUGAGAGACUCAGCCAAAGAGCUGCCUCCAGGGGUCAUGAGGGCAGUGGCCAGGCUCUCCAGGGAGCAAGAUUUGGACUUCCAAGGGGCCACUAGGCCCUGGCCGCUUCUCUGCACACACCCUCAGGGCUACCCAGUUAACUCCAUCAAACUCAGAGCUUCAAGGUGGAUCAGCCUGGGAGACUGGGAGAGAGAGGCUCCUGGCCUCCACCAACGAAGAUGGAAGCUCCUCUGGACCUGAUGUUGGGCGCAGCUGUGCCUUCUGCUCCAAGGACUUUUCCAAAAGGACAUUUUCUGGCCGCUGCCCACCACAACACCUCUGCCUUUGAAGCUCUUGUCAUCUAAUGUUUCAUGGCCGGAGAGGCGUCAUUAGCUUGUCUCCUUUCCGUGCCACCCUGGCCCACCGCUCCACAAAUUCUUUCUUUCUGGGGACCUGCCUCUGCCUGUCUGCUUUGGCUGAUGGGGAGGAAGGUAUUUUCUGAGCUAAGCUUUGUUAUCAGUACGGGAGGCAGGCGGGAAGCCGGUGAGCUCUGAAACAGUGAGCCCAUGAAGCCUGUGGCCCCUUCCUGCCCCAUGAUGCCAGCCACCUCCAAGGCAUCCACCAUCUCUGACCAGGCCUUCCAGAGGUUUCUCUGGGAGGGGGCUCUCCACUGAGCUUCUGGCUGGUGAGAGGGGAGCCUCACUGAGGACCAAGUGAGGCCGACCCCGUAGCGUGCCCGGCAUAGCACUUGGCGUACAGUGGGUACUCACUAAAUGUACCGCUUCCUUCCCUCCCUGCGGCACUUCGGGAGCCCUGACAUAAUAAGUCCGGGAGGUAAGAAGCCUCCCUCCUAAAUCUGCCUCUUCCUCGUGGCUUCCUUGUGGCUUGCCCAGUCCCACCCCUCCCCUCCAGGUCCCUGUGGCUCAAGCUUCUGAGAGGAUGGGGCUCCCCUGUACGUACACACGGCAGACUCUUGGACUCCUCAGGUCCCGUGUGGGCUGCAGGUGGGCUGCAGCCCCAGCUGUCAUUCUGAGGGGGUAGAGUGGCUCAUGCAAGGUCUCAGGUCUGGCCAGGGACCUGGUCCCUCUUCCUGCCCUUCUCUUCCUCUUCCAAAGGCAAGGCUUCAGGGCAGGGACUAGGAAGCCUUGGGGAGAGUCUAAAGGGCUAGAGCAUUUUUAAAAAUGCACACAGGGUCUUGGGGCUGGGUUUUGAGAUUGAGUUGAGAGCAGGGAAAAAAAACCCCAAAGGUUGGUGCCCCUAUGGGGCAGACCAGUAGAGAACUCCCUUGACUGUAUUUUUUUAUCCAGUUGUCUUUCCUCUCUGGCUUCCAGGUCCUCCGCGCCAGGUAAGGUGCCUGGGUCCCUGUUACAAGUCAGGAGCCCUGUAGAGAGAGCCCUCCUUUUGUACAAGUACCUGAAUGCUGCAAUGAGCAGACUUUUGUAAAAUUUUAUAUUAGUUUCUAAUGUCGACUGCGACUCGGUUCCUGGGGGCUGCAGCCAGCCUGGGACUUUUGUAAGAAUUUUUGGGUGACUCACUUAGAUGUCGUUUCCUUCUUGCUCCCUCUUCCUCUGUGUAAUCUAAGUGCAUUAAACAUAUUUGCAGAAGU